UACCAAACAUGUGAACUAUCUGGUGCUUAUGCGAAAAUUGCAUAUCCCCUAAAAAUAAGUAAUUUAUAUUAAGUUGAUUGCAAUCUCCGCCCGGCUACACACUCAAGAAUGCACGAGCUCCAGGGGUUAUGUCCCGUUCCAUCAUUUUGUUAGAUUCUAUUUCUCCAUCUAUGUGGGUCUUGCUGUAUUUUGCCAAAAGACAAACGUGAUGAUGGAAAAGUUCCAAUUUGCAGUAUUCUUAGGAGUUUUUCUUCGUUCUGUUCAAUGUUUUGCUUAUGGGAUUUCAGUAUCUUGCAUGAUGGCUUACGAAGGAGGAGGUGCUUUGGCUGUUUUUAGUUCACUGGAGUGUACUCAGUGGGUUCUUGCUGCUGAAUCUUCUCGAAAUUCAACAAGCAACUGCCAGUUCGCUACAUUUCAGGGACGUCGAGGGUAUCAAGAAGAUCGUAUUACGUGCAAUCUUGAUAUGCAGAUACCAUUUUUAGGAAAAAAUGGGCCUGAGGAGGCUACUGUUGGUGUUGCAGCAGUAUUUGAUGGUCAUGGAGGCAAGGAAGCAAGUGAAAUGGCUUCAGAAAAACUUGCAGAUUACCUUCUCCUGCAUACUAUGUUCCUUUCAUACAACCAAGUUGUUCCGAGCAACGGAGAAAAUAAUGAAGCAUGUACCAGUUGUUUUACUCAAAAUAGGUUUGUCAAUCCUUAAUGACCAAAUUCAGAA